UGUAAACCUCAACAAACAAACAACAUAACUCUACUCAUAUAUAGAAUGAGGAUUCUCAUGUUUACCACCCUUGUGCUCCUCUCAAAUUUAAUUAGAAUAAUAUAUGUAAUGCAUCAUGUCACUGGUGAGUGUGUUCCGGAUCAAAAGUCUGUGCUUCUCCAGAUACGAAGUGAAAUCACUUACUCGGCAUCCACCAAGCUGGUGCUGUGGGAUGAAAGAGUUGACUGCUGUCACUGGCCAGGCCUGAGUUGCAAUGAUGUUGGAUAUGUUACUACUUUUAAUCUCAGCCAUGACGACUCAAUCACCGCUGGCUUCAAUGUUUCUCUCUUGCUGAAACUGCCAUCUCUUUCUGUUAUUAUGCUUGAUGGGAUCUACUUCUCUGCUCCAUUUCCAGACUUUUUCCAAGAUUUCAAAAAUCUGACUGUUUUGAGCCUGGCAGGAUGCAGCUUCAGUGGAACAGUCCCUCCGAAAUUAUUCCAGGUACCAACUCUGCAAACCAUUGACUUAUCUUACAAUGAAAUUCUUGAGGGUUCUUUGCCAGACUUCCCGGAAAAUGGAUCUCUCAAGAGCCUCACACUUGAAGGGACAUUGUUUUCUGGGAACUUACCUGAGUCCAUAGGAAACCUCAGAGUGCUGUCCCAUAUUGACGUUACAGGUUGCAAUUUCAGAGGAGUAAUCCCUGCUUCUAUUACAAAGCUUACCAAGCUUGUUGAGCUGAGAUUGUCUGGAAAUUCAUUUUCAGGACCUAUCCCAGCAUCACUAUUUUUCUUGCCAUCACUUAGAUCCUUGGAUCUGGAUGGAAACAAACUUUCUGGUCAUAUAAAUGAAUUGCAAAAUGUGACUUCCAAUUCUCCACUGGAAUUACUUGAUUUGAGGAAUAACAAUUUGGAAGGGACAAUACCUUCCUUCUUCUUUCAAUUCCAAAAUCUGUCAACCCUGCAUCUCGGGAUGAACAAAUUUUCUGGCCAAAUACCUUCCUUCUUCUUUCAACUUCAGAAUCUCACAAAUCUCUAUCUUUCAUCAAACAAAUUUUCUGGUCAAAUGAUUGAUUUGCAAAAUGUGACUUCUCCUUUGGAAAUUCUUGAUUUGAGCAGCAACAACUUGGAAGGGAUAAUACCUUCAUUCCUCUUUCAAUUACAAAUGAUGGUACCGUAUCUUUCCAGCAAUGCUAUACGUGGAGAAAUUCCUAAUUGGAUAUGGGGAAUCGGUAUACGUGGAGAAGUUCUUAAUUGGAUAUGGGGAAUCGGUAAUGGGACACUUCUUUACCUCAAUCUUUCUCACAAUCAUUUGAUGCAUAUGAAAGAGCCAAUGGAAAACCCUGCUCUUCUGGUCGUUGAUCUAAAUUCUAAUCUGCUAAGUGGACAAAUUCCAAGGCUACCAAGUGAGGCACAGUAUUUAGACCUCUCCAACAACAACUUCUCCAUGAUUCCUCUUGAUAUUGGUGAUCAAAUCCCACGUGUCUCUUUCUUUUCAAUUGCAAACAAUAGACUCCAUGGAAGCAUCCCAAUUUCCUUGUGCCAUGCACCCAAUCUUGAAGUGCUUGACUUGUCCUACAACACUUUGUUUGGCAAAAUACCAUCAUGUCUGCCUCAAAAUAAUACCAAUCUUGCUAUAAUGAAUUUGAAAGGAAAUCGUUUAAGUGGUGAGAUAUCAAACAAGUUUCAAGAGGGAUGUUCUUUAGAGACAUUGGAUCUUAAUCAAAAUAUGUUGGAAGGGCAACUUCCUCCCUCAUUGGUGAACUGCACAGAGCUUAAGGUUUUGAAUCUUGGAAACAACAGAUUGAGUGAUACCUUUCCUUGCUGGCUCAAUAAAUUGGUAAAUCUACACAUUCUUGUCUUGCGUUCCAAUCAUUUUCAUGGAACCAUAUCUUGCACCAAGCUUGGGGUAAACAGCAGCUGGCCAAGCUUACAAGUCAUUGACUUAUCAUCCAAUAAUUUCAGUGGAAAUCUACCAACUCAAUUAUUCUUGGAACUAAAAGCUAUUCUUGUUGAUAGGAAUGAAGCAAACUCAAAGGUUGAUUACUUGCACUUCACAUCUCCACGAGAUAACUUCUACUAUCAAGACUCAGUCUCACUUUCUCUAAAAGGGCAUGAUUAUAUUAUACAGAAAAUUCUGUCUAUCUUCACUUCUAUUGAUUUUUCAAGUAACCAAUUUGAAGGGGAUAUACCAGAGAGUGUUGGAGAGCUUAAACUGCUUUAUCUCCUUAACAUCUCUCACAAUGCACUAACAGGUUGUAUUCCUCAAUCUCUUGAAAACUUGAAUGCUUUGGAAGCAUUAGACCUCUCAUUCAACAACCUAGCAGGAAGUAUCCCAGAGCAACUAGAGAGCCUAACCUUCCUAUCCUUCUUAAACUUGUCGUACAACCAUCUCGUUGGAAGGAUCCCACAAGGCAAACAAUUUAGUACCUUUGAUACAAGCUCAUUCAUGGGAAACAAGGGGCUAUGUGGAUUCCAGCUUAAUGUAUCUUGCAAUGGCAUUAAAAACCCAGUAUCUCCACUACCAACAUUGGAUGAGAAAGAAUCAGCUUACCACGGUGAUAUCUACGCCAGCAUUGCAUUAGGAUUUGCUGUGGGCAUAAGAGGAAUAUUUCUGCCACUUCUGUUGUCCAACAAAUGGAGAUUAUAUUAUAACAAGAAGAUUGAUGGAGUUCUUUUCAAGGUUUUCUUCAAGAGAGGUCAAGGGAGAAGAAGGAACCAUCGCUAA